GAGUGUAUAGAGGGAGCCGGUGCUGUCCGUGGUGCUGCAGCAGAGCCCAGCAAGGCCCCGCCUCGGUCUGCAGACGGACAGAGCUAGGCGUCAUGUGUGCCCCUCCUCUCCCCGCUCCCCUCCCUCCCUCACUCCCGGAGACAGGAGCACAAGCCCGGAGCCGCUGGGAAGGGGAAGAGCGCUCUCUCCUUAUUACACAAACCUGGGCAAUUUUCCUGGGACCGACACCCGCUCCAACCUUGUGACAGGCAUAGGGAGCAUAGGGACCAGGGCGCAGAUUGAUGGGUUGUACUAGACCACAUCUGAAUGGGAUCUCAUUUGUUAUUAUUGUGGAAAGGAAAGAAGAAGAGUUCUUAACAUUUACAUAUCAAAUAGUUGCUUCUGCUUCAUAGAGAGAAGGAUCUCAGAAUACCAUGAGUGAUGAUUCAUGUCCUCUUUUGUAGUGUCAUGGAAUCUUUUUCAUGAUCUACGCUUAGCAUGGGAUUUAAAUGAGGCCAGAAGAGAAGUCAUUUGCUCUGCUUUAGAUAAUAAAAAAAUAUAUCUCUAUAUAUAUUGCCACAUUCGGAUCCAGCAGGAACUGGACUUCAUAAAAUUAUUGCUAAUUUAGAAUUGGGAACCCACCAUGCAGUUUACCAUGGAACUCUAGAAUUCCAUUUUAUUUUUUCAUGCUAAUUAGUUUUACAUAAACAUAAACAGUUGGUUCAUUCGCUGUCAUUGACCAUAGGUGGCCCACUUAAAUAAGGGACCAUAAUAUUUUGGAUAGUUACACACUAAAAAAGGCAAUCUGGAAGAUCUACGCAAUUUAAAGGACCCCCAAGACAUUAAGUCAUUAAAGAUGGCUAGUGUUCUUAAGCAAGGGGUCCUUAUUAUCUGGAUGAUCUUAAUCCUUGGAUGCAUGGUGGACAUGGGCCGUGGCCUGGAAUUUCCUGGAACAGAAGGCCAGUGGACUCGCUUUCCAAAGUGGAAUGCUUGUUGUGAAAGUGAAAUGAGUUUUAAUAUGAAGACCAAAAGAUCGAGUGGACUUGUUAUAUACUUUGAUGAUGAGGGUUUUUGUGAUUUCUUGGAGCUCAUACUCUAUGAAGGCCGGUUGAAGUUGAGUUUUUCCAUUUUUUGUGCUGAGCCAGCUUCUCUUCUGACAGACCUUGCUGUAAAUGACAACAACUGGCACUCAGUAAUCAUAAAGAGAAAUUUCAAGAAUACUACAUUAAUCUUAGACAAGGAGAGCAAAUGGGUAGAAGUGAAAUCAAAACGGAGAGACAUGACAGUCUUCAGUAGCCUUUUUAUAGGUGGGAUCCCUCCAGAACUACAAUCGAAUACUUUAAAAUUAACGUUUCCAGCAGUGAAAGACCACAGUCCCUUUCAAGGCUGGAUAAGCGAUGUCCGGGUCAAUUUCUCAGACUCAUCUCCUGUAACAAGCAAUGAUGUUAAGAUUGAGGACUCUACAAACCCAUGUGCCAAGGACCAAGUUUGUCUGAAUGGCGGAGUUUGCUCAGUUGUGAAUGAAGAAGCCAUGUGUGACUGUUCCCAGACUGGUUUUCAAGGGAAAGACUGCAGUGAAGAAGACAACCAUGUAGAAGGUCUGGCACACCUGAUGAUGGGCGACCAAGGAAAAGAAGAAUACAUUGCCACAUUUAAAGGGUCUGAAUAUUUCUGCUAUGACCUCUCGCAAAACCCAAUACAGAGCAGCAGUGAUGAAAUUACGUUGUCGUUUAAAACCCUUCAGAGGAACGGACUGAUGCUUCACACAGGAAAAUCGGCAGAUUACGUCAACCUCGCACUGAAAAACGGAGCCGUCUCUUUGGUCAUUAAUUUAGGGUCAGGGGCCUUUGAGGCCCUGGUGGAACCGGUGAAUGGAAAAUUUAAUGACAAUAACUGGCAUGAUGUGAAAGUAACAAGAAAUCUGCGUCAGCACUCAGGCAUUGGACACGCUAUGGUGACAAUUUCAGUGGACGGGAUUCUCACUACAACAGGAUAUACCCAAGAAGACUACACCAUGCUGGGUUCAGAUGACUUUUUCUAUGUCGGAGGCAGCCCCAGCACAGCUGACCUUCCUGGGUCACCAGUCAGUAACAACUUCAUGGGCUGUCUGAAGGAGGUCGUAUACAAAAACAAUGAUGUAAGACUGGAGCUAUCACGUCUUGCCAAGCAAGGUGAUGCUAAAAUGAAGGUUCAUGGAGUGGUCGCCUUUAAAUGUGAAAAUGUAGCAACGCUAGAUCCAAUCACUUUUGAGACUCCAGAGUCAUUUAUCUCUUUGCCAAAGUGGAAUGCCAAAAAGACCGGCUCAAUAUCCUUUGACUUCCGCACAACCGAACCCAACGGCCUAAUACUGUUCAGCCACGGUAAACCUCGACACCAAAAAGAUGCCAAGAACCCACAAAUGAUCAAGGUUGAUUUCUUCGCCAUUGAGAUGCUGGAUGGACAUCUCUAUUUACUUUUGGACAUGGGAUCAGGAACCAUUAAGAUAAAGGCACUGCAGAAAAAAGUAAAUGAUGGAGAAUGGUAUCAUGUGGACUUCCAGCGCGAUGGACGCACAGGUACCAUAUCUGUCAAUACUAUACGCACGCCUUACACAGCUCCUGGUGAAAGUGAAAUUCUUGACCUCGAUGAUGACUUGUAUCUUGGUGGUUUGCCUGAAAAUAAAGCUGGUUUGGUUUUCCCAACUGAAGUGUGGACUGCUCUGCUGAAUUAUGGAUAUGUUGGAUGCAUAAGAGACUUAUUUAUAGAUGGACAGAGUAAAGACAUUCGCCAGAUGGCCGAGCUUCAAAGCACAGCUGGAGUAAAACCUUCCUGUUCUCGAGAAACGGCCAAGCCUUGCAUUAACAAUCCAUGUAAAAAUAAUGGUAUAUGUAGAGACGGAUGGAACCGAUACGUCUGUGAUUGUUCUGGGACUGGAUACCUUGGCCGCUCUUGUGAGAGAGAGGCAACAGUUCUAAGUUAUGACGGAAGUAUGUUUAUGAAGAUACAGCUCCCGGUGGUGAUGCACACAGAGGCAGAAGAUGUUUCCUUGCGUUUCCGGUCUCAGCGUGCAUAUGGCAUUUUAAUGGCGACCACUUCCAGAGAUUCAGCAGAUACCCUUCGUUUAGAAUUGGAUGCUGGACGUGUAAAACUUACGGUUAAUUUAGACUGUAUCAGGAUUAACUGUAAUUCCAGCAAAGGCCCAGAGACUCUUUAUGCUGGUUAUAACCUCAAUGAUAAUGAGUGGCACACAGUACGUGUGAUACGGAGAGGAAAAAGUUUAAAGUUGAUAGUGGACGAUCAACAAGACAUGACAGGUCAGAUGGCUGGUGACCACACAAGACUAGAGUUCCACAAUAUUGAAACCGGGAUAAUAACUGAACGGCGCUACCUCUCAGCUGUCCCUUCCAACUUUAUUGGCCAUCUACAGAGCUUAUCAUUCAAUGGCAUGGCCUAUAUUGACUUGUGCAAAAAUGGAGACAUCGAUUACUGUGAACUGAAUGCCCGCUUUGGUUUUAGAAACAUCAUUGCUGACCCAGUCACUUUUAAGACGAAAGCCAGCUAUGUAGCCCUGGCCACACUGCAAGCUUAUACCUCAAUGCACCUCUUUUUCCAGUUCAAGACCACUUCUGCAGAUGGCCUCAUUCUUUAUAACAGUGGCGAUGGAAAUGACUUUAUUGUAGUUGAAUUGGUUAAAGGAUAUUUGCAUUAUGUUUUUGACCUGGGAAAUGGUGCAAAUCUAAUUAAAGGGAGCUCCAACAAACCUCUAAAUGACCACCAAUGGCACAAUGUUAUGAUAUCCAGAGACACAAGCAAUCUUCAUACUGUAAAAAUUGACACAAAAAUUACUACACAGAGCACAGCAGGAGCUCGAAACCUUGACCUCAAAAGUGACCUAUUCAUAGGAGGUGUUUCCAAAGAAAUGUACAAAGCGUUGCCAAAGCUUGUGCACGCCAAGGAAGGAUUCCAAGGCUGCCUGGCUUCAGUUGAUCUGAAUGGACGUCUUCCAGACUUGAUCUCAGAUGCUCUUUUGUGUAAUGGACAAAUAGAAAGAGGAUGCGAAGGCCCAAGCACGACAUGUCAAGAGGAUUCCUGUGCUAACCAGGGCGUCUGCUUGCAACAAUGGGAUGGCUUCAACUGUGACUGCACUAUGACCUCAUUUAGUGGAACUCUGUGCAAUGACCCUGGAACAACAUAUAUUUUUAGUAAAGGAGGAGGACAAAUCACAUACACGUGGCCCCCUAAUGAUCGGCCCAGCACACGAGCAGACAGGCUGGCUAUAGGGUUCAGCACAGUACAGAAAGAAGCCGUAUUGGUCCGAGUGGACAGCUCUACAGGACUUGGUGACUACCUAGAGCUGCACAUUCACCAAGGAAAAAUUGGAGUCAAAUUUAAUGUUGGAACAGAUGACAUCUCAAUUGAAGAAGUUAAUGCAAUUAUUAAUGAUGGAAAGUACCACACAGUGCGUUUUACGAGAAGUGGGGGUAAUGCCACCUUACAAGUUGACAGCUUACCUACAAUAGAACGUUUCCCUGCAGGAAACAAUGAUAACGAACGCCUGGCGAUUGCUAGACAGCGAAUUCCAUAUCGACUUGGUCGAGUAGUUGAUGAUUGGCUACUCGACAAAGGACGGCAGCUCACAAUCUUCAAUAGCCAGGCAACAAUUAAAAUCGGUGGGAAGGAACGGGGACAUCCAUUUCAAGGUCAGCUUAGUGGCCUCUACUAUAAUGGCUUAAAAGUAUUGAACAUGGCGGCGGAAAGUGAUUCCAACAUCGUGAUUGAGGGAAACGUGAGGCUAGUUGGUGAUGUGCCUUCAUCUAUGACUACGGAGUCAACUGCCACAGCCAUGCAAUCAGAGAUGUCCACCUCUAUUAUGGAAACCACUACCACAUUGGCCACAAGUACUAGAAGAACAAAAACACCUACAAAGGAACCGAACUCAGAUGACCUUUUGGUGGCUUCUGCUGAAUGUCCAAGUGAGGAUGAUGAGGAUAUUGAUCCAUGUGAGCCAAGCUCAGGUGGGUUAGCAAACCCAACAAGAGCAGGUGGGAGAGAGAUUCCAGGCUCAGCGGAAGUCAUCAGAGAAUCCAGUAGCACAACCGGAAUGGUGGUUGGGAUCGUCGCUGCAGCAGCCUUGUGCAUCCUCAUCCUCCUUUAUGCCAUGUACAAAUACCGAAACAGGGAUGAAGGCUCCUAUCAUGUUGAUGAGAGCCGAAACUACAUCAGUAACUCAGCACAGUCCAACGGGGCUGUAAUCAAAGAAAAACAACCAAGUAGUGCUAAAAGUUCUAACAAAAACAAGAAAAACAAGGACAAAGAAUAUUACGUCUGAUUCCAGCCACGUAAAAAACACGUGUAUAGAAAUAGUCUUCAAUUUAUCUGAGACAUAAAAAUUAACAAACUUAUUUACUUUUACUUUUUACGAAGCACAUUGAGAAAAAAAAAAAAAAAGAAGACAGGGAAUGCGGUCAGAAAGGAAAGACUGUUUUUAAAAAAAGUUACAAAAAUAAAGAAAAAAAUCUAUAUAUAAAACAAGCAUAUUAUGGUUUUGUUUCCCAGAAAAAAGGAGCCAAACAAGAUUCCCGACUAUUCGCAGUGUUUUCAUUUACUCUGAUUGUCCGUUUAAGUGGCGGGAAUGUUUUUGGAAAGACGCUGAUUGCACAAAAAAUUCCUAUAGCACAGAGUAAUUUCCAACAUUGAGGCACAAUUAAAACAAAAGAUGCUACCUAUGAUUCUGGAUAGAGCCAAAGUGCUAGCGCUUUCUUCAAAAGUAAGUUCUAAUGCCAGCAAAGACUUGUCUGAACUUGCAAACGUUGGUAGUUUGCGGCAUUGUGCAAAGAAGCAAUGAUUGUGACACACUUGCUACAAAGUGCUGGCUUUUCUGAAGACUUAUGAAAGAAAAAACUUUUACAAAGCCCCUUUCUGGUUGUGAAGAAUAUGUUAUGGAGGCCUUAAUUUCAGAAAUUUGGAAUAUGGCCCUUUUUCAAAAAUAAAAUAAGAGGGAUAGAUGCAAUCAUUUAAAAAAGUUCAUGCACGCUUAAUAUGUUACUACAUAUGUUUAUAUAAAACACAUCUAUACGUGCUUUCUGGACUGUGACAAGUGACGUUUUAUAGCCUGUUGUAUAGACAAUGCAAAAUAUAUCUGCUCUUCAGCCAUUUUUGGUAAACUAAAUGUUCUAAGUGUUGCUAGGUAUAGAAAGUUUUCUGAUGUCUGACACAACAGACGUGUUUCAGUUAAUUGCUGCCAUUAUCCCAAAUUUUUAUUUUAAAUUUUUAAUUCUUGUGAGUAUGCCGCUGGGGAUGUGUAUGAAUGUAAAUAGAACAUUUUUUUAAUAUUAUACAGCACAAUAGCCAACAUUCCGCUGCAGCCAACUUACAGUAUGUUGGGCCACGUGGUGUAAAGGUAUCAAAUACAGUCCAAAUAAAUUAACUCAUUCAAGUCACUGACAGAGGCAUUUCGUAAUUUGUUUUUCUAGCUAAUUAACUCUUUUUACUAUUUAACACUGUUGCAGAAGACACCUUUUUAAGCUUUUGAAGAGAUAAACCAAUUAUUACACCAUUAACAGACCUUGACAUUUAUUAAAAGAAAGUAUUGAAUGGAAUUAGCAUGACUUUUAAUUGCCAAGAUACGUACAAGUAACAGGAUUGGAACUAGUAGGUGGGUUUUUUUUCAUUAAAAAAAUGGCCAUUUGAUUUACUGCAGUUUAAUUAAUGCAAAUAAUAUAUUUUUUUCCAGCCAAGAAUAUAUAAUAUAUCAAAAGGAAAUUGUUUAGAUUUGGAUAUUUCAGUAGAGUACAGAAUGUUUAAAUACAUUUUCAUUUUUCCAACAUUAUAAAGUAAGUUUCUAUUUAAGAAAAAAAUAAAUUUGUUCUUGUUUAAUUAAGCUUGCUGAAUAAGAGUUUAGAGUCACAGAUCACUAAUAAAGAAAUGCAAAAAGAAUAUAUUAACCUAAAAGUGGGUUCUUCAAGAGUACUCAGUCUUUUCACUUGAAGGCCUCCCAGGGGGAAUAUAGAUGUUCAGACAUUAUAGACAGGAAGAAAGAAUUUAAAAUUAAUUUAAACAGCAGGGGCAACAAAGCAAGAGACUUUGUUUUAUUCACUAGGUUACUGAUGAUAAGCAGUGCUUAAAUUCCAGACAUGUUCUCAAAAGUUUUCAAAAUGCCAUGCAGUUGACAAAAAUAUUAUUAGUUAGGGCUUGCCCAAUACAUUUAGUACUUGAGAAGGGUAUUUUUACAGGAGAUUUUUUGAUAAAUUGGUGAAACAGAUUGCUUGUAUGAAAAUAAUAGAGUUUAUCAAAUAAUUUUUCCUGCUAGAAUCUUAAGAAUCCUGUUUGGACAUCACUGAAAGUCAGCUGUACUCAGGGAAAGAAAGGUACUUUAUGUUGUAUUGCACAGAAGGCGUGAAAUGUCUGUCCAUGAUUGUAGGUCUCUGGAAAGGAUGUACAGUAAAUAAUAUACCCCAAACAAGUCUUGCCAAAUUGAUAAAUUGAAGUUGCUACCGUAUCUAAGUAAUACCACACUUUUAUAAAUUACGGUGUAUGUUAUUUUAAAUAAUGACAAUAUCAGUUGUUUGUUUUGGUAUUUACUGUGUAUUUACCUAUUUUGCCAACACCUUUUAUCCAUUUUAUCAUUUAUAAAUUAACUAUAAGUUACUUUAUAGUUACCAUAUGGUUGUUUUACUUAUAUUCAUGUUUUAUUAUUAAUGCUUCAUAUUUAGUUGAAAUAUCUAUUCACAAUAUGUUUUUAUGUAUUUUGCAAGAACAUGUCAACAUUGUAUCAUGUCAAUCCUUUCAUAGAAUAAGGAUGCACCAAACACAUUUUACUGCACCGUGUUUCGGGACCCAUUUGUAAUGAAAGGUUAGGUACAUUUUAUGGAUUGCAUUUGGGUUUUAUUUUCCCAUAUAUAUUUGCUGUACGUCAUCUGGAUGAGGUGGCUUAUUUCCAAUCCUGUAAUGUGUUGCCUUUACAACAAAAAUCAAAAAGUGUGAAAUGAUUUAUUCCCAAACAAAACAAGAGGCCCAAAGCCAGUUUAUUGUGUUUGUGUGAUAGAUAUUGAAAAUGAAUUUAUUUUGUUGCAAGGCCAAUUUAUCCAUUACUGGAAAUGCUAAGCAAGUGGAAUUUAUUGUUUUGUUAAUAAAAUGUUUCUUAAUA